AUGGGAAUUACGCCUCAAUAUAUCUGUGAGCAAGUACUAGAACUUGCAAAAAAGGGUCUAACACCCUCACAGCUCUUUGUAUUCCUUCGGAACUUGUAUAAUUUUAAACCAGUUAAAGACAUUACG